UCUUAGUGUACACUGUGCUCGCACAUGCAGUGUAAAGCAAUAUAUGUGUACCAGUCUGCGAGCGUACCGGGCGAAACCCCACCUUAACGCGCCCUCCUAUCGCAAGGCCACCAGUUAGCGUUGCAACGACAUGAUCAGCCUCCAAGACGCUGCUCAUAUUUGUCCGCCCAUUUGGAAUGUAUUGUCUCCGGGCGUACAAGGUAACAGUGAAUGUGUCACCACUGGGCCAGAAUCCUCACAAGACACCCGGCUGCUCGUUCCCGCUCUACAACCCUUACCAUUGGUCGGUCUCAUAUCAAUGGGAGACAGUGAGUGCCACCGACGCCACGUACGAGGAGAUGUGCUCAGCCCGCAACCGCACGGUCAUCUUGCAGGAAGGGGGCAAGUUCAGCUUGGACUCAAACGGCCUUCUUCUAGCUUACAACGCUACAGUACAAAGUAUUAAGUGUCACUACCGCGUAGUGUCCAGAGAUGAAAACGCUAGUAUACCGGACAUAAAACCUGUUCUGGGCCCAGUCCGAUCGUUGCCUUUCGGUGAACCGAUUGACGCAGAGUACGUGCAAGUGUCGUGCGAAGAUAGCGGGAAGCUGCUUUUCACCGAAUACUUUCUAAUUCCUCAGCCGAAGCAAGCAAUGCAGGAUGCUGACGAACCGCAGGCGGACGGGGCUCCAAAUACCCGCCAAAUGAGUGUGCUACUCCUCGGGAUAGACUCAACCUCCAGGAUAAACUUCAACCGCCUCAUGAAGAAGACCCGCAAGUUCAUCACUGAAGAACUAAAUGCUUUCGAACUGCUUGGCUUAAACAAAGUCGGCGACAACUCGUUUCCCAACCAGCUUCCGCUUCUCUCAGGAUUCGCUGGUCCCGACGUCGAUAGCUUGUUCAAACGCUGCAGCUUUGAUUCGUUUCCUCUCCUGUGGAAUACGUUUAAGGGUGAGGGUUACACAACGCUGUUCCUCGAAGAAAUGCCGUAUUGUGGUCUCUUCACCUUCCCAAAUUACUUAGGAUUUAUCCGACCACCAACAGAUUACUACCCUGAACCUGUCUUGCGAAUGAUGGACGAGAGAGGCGGCAGCGACCGUUUUUGCGUGGGUUCCCGCUUGAAGACGAAAGUCCUGAUCAGAUACCUGGCCGAUGUGUUGAAGAUGAACAUCGACCGCAGCAUGUUCUCGUACGUCUGGCUUUCCGACGUAACCCACAAUAGCCUGAAAGGAAUCGAGAUCAUAGACCAACCGCUCGAAGAAUUUUUCAGGGAACUUUCAGACGCUGGCCUCUUCGAAAAUACCGCAGUUCUUUUUCUCAGCGACCACGGAAACCGCAUUGGUCCGUACAGAAUGUCCGAGAUUGGUCGACACGAAGACAAGACCCCCUUCUGUUUUAUUAUACUACCCAGGCGCUUUCUCGAAGAGUAUCCGGAAGCGGUAGUUCAGUUGGAAGUCAACCAGCGGCGUCUGGUCACUCCCUACGACCUUCACGCUACGCUGCUCAGCUUAUCCAAGCUGCCCGCGUUCAACCCGGAGCCGACAAACAAGGGCCUUAACCUGUUCACUGCAAUACCACCGCAAAGGACGUGCGCGGACGCUUUCAUAGCUCCCGAGUUUUGCGCUUGCACGGAUACCGCGGGUGAGACCCUGGACCCAGGAAUCAUGCUGUCGUUCUCCCGUUACGCCGUUUCCUACAUCAACGCGCUGGCGACGCUCCACUUUCCGGGCAAGUGCGUCGAGUGGUACCUCGAGAGCGUGGACGAGGCGUCCGCUCUCGGUGGCCGCGUCGCCGGCAAGCUCCUGCUCCGCGUGCAGCUGACUGUAACGCCGACGGCGCACUUCGAAGUGUACGGGACGCUCCGCAACGCCUCUUCAGAGGACAAGCACGUGGACUUCGUUCUGAGGUUGGACAAGUACAGCAAGGAGACUACGUGUUUGCCCAAAAACGCCUGGCAAAAAGUCUGCAUGUGCAAGCCGGAGUUGCUGAACAUUUCGACGACGUUUCAGCCACCUGACUCGGCUAGUUUCGACGGCGUGGCUGGAAACGGAUAGGAAGGUCUAUAGGUGCUCCGAGUUCCGGCGUGAUGCCCUCCUUUAGUAAGAUAGUUGCACAAUUUCUUUCCCCGGACAAAUAUAUCGCUGGUUAUUGAAAUUUCUUGCAAUAUGUAAAGAAUUUAGUUCCAGUUAUGGGAAGCGGAAUUAGCACAAUGAAUUUUACGUUUCGAAGGUAUUUAAACCAUUACCGAAUUGCCUGGGCAGUCUGCUUAUUGACCAUUCGAGAGAACAAGAAUUCAGACGUCGUAAACACUGUGGCUACUCAAGAAGCAUUCUUCGAUGGAUGUCGACUGCGUUAAGACACCAUCUCCUUGUCAAAGACGAAAGCGUAGAAAUAAAUACGUGCAAUUCUAAUUAAAACUUGUGUUUUUAUUCAAGAAGGUAAAAUGUCGCACUGAUUGAAGCUUCAUGACAUGGAAGUAAUUUACUGAUAACCCGAGCCAUUGCACAGAUCAGAGCGGGCAGCUGGCCCUGGUUCAUAUCCAAAAUAAUUUUAGAUAGGCACAACAACAGAGCUUUCUAUUGUGAAAUGCCGCAUAAGAAAAC